UUGAGACGAACGCAGUAUUGUUGGGGAGUUCAUGAAAAUCCGGAAUCAAUGGACGUUGUUGAGAAAUUAUACCGGUGGUUUGUGGACAAUUCCAGAUACUUCCACCGCGAUACCGAGAAUCUUCUAGAGGCACAAGCGUGCACGACGCAUGCAACACAACUAAAGGAGUAUUACUCGUUAAACGAUGGUUAUCGAUUGAUUGAUUUUGGUGAACGAUCAACUAAACUUUUCAUCAGCCAGCUCACAACAUAUGAUUUCAGCUUGAUUCAUAAAACCGUAAUGGGUGAACUACCCACAGGAAUGCUUACGUAUCUGGGUAAUCGCGAUGAAACGAAACGGGUGAUGUGGGAUUACUUCAAAACGAAUUGGACACUCGUUUCAUUCGGUGUACCGCCAUUCCAAGACUAUAUGGAAGCAGCUAUGACGUUUUGGAACACACAGGAGGAUCUGAACCUUGUAAGUGCUCAUUGA